AUGGCACACGAUCAAAGGCCAUACACAGAUAUCGACAAAGAGAGAAGCUUAAUUUUAAGGCUGUCCGUGGGGUAAAUAAGAAUUUUAUCUUUCAUUGACGUGGUUUCAGAAAAAAAAGAACAACCGGAAUAAUGAAAAAAAAAGGCAGGUAGCCAAACACUCCGUAUUUUCCUUUCUUUUCUGAUUAGCAGCCGCACGAAUGCUACCCUUGGUUAGUUUUCGAAUAGAGUUGCAUAACACAUUGCAUACAUUUAUAGAUAUAAUUAUCUUAAUUUUAUUCUUAUCUUAACAUUGUCUUAUCUGGACGCGAAAGAAACCCAAAACCCAAGCAGGCGACAGGAAAUAAUCAGACAAAGCCACCUGAAUUCCUUUUAAUUAAAAUUCUUGAGGAAUGAAAAAAACUUGCUUUUUAUUGAUCAAACUAAUGACCCUAUACACUAGCAAAGCAAAAUCGUGCCGGUCUUUACAAAUUUUUGCAUGCAACAUUCCCCACUCAGGUAUUAUAGAUUUAACUGCAAAAUAUCUAAAAGAAAAAAUCAAACUAGCGCCGAAAUAUACCAUUCAGCCUUUUCCCACAAAAACAACACUCCCGGUGCCCUUUUGCAAUCCAUUAAGCCAUUCAUAUUAGGCAAAUCACAUCAUAAUAUCAUUAAUCCAAAACAACAAAAACGUUUAAAAAGAAAGUAUAUAUAUAUAUAUAAGGUAUUCUCUCCUUGUACAGACUCCUCCUCUAUUGUAUUUUGGUAACUAUUUUGUCUUUCAUUUUACUUUUUUUUAAAGAUUGUUUUUCUCCUUUGGGAAUGGAAGAUGGAGGUAUCAGGGAUAUAGAUAUUCGUGCUACGUCUUCUUUGAAUGCAAGUGCUAGUGCUAUUCAUGGUAGACUGAAUCAUAUUGGAGGCUAUGGGGGGUGGUGCCCUGAUCAGCAGCCGUAUUAUAAUGGUACAGGUCCUAUCCAUAAGGAGUUUAUUCAAGUCGAAUUUCCCAGCCCCUUUCGAAUUAAAGGCAUAAUAACACAGCCCCGCGCUCGAGGUGUGGAAGGGAUUCGGAGGUUCUUGGUUUCGUACAGACAAGAUCAAGAAAACAAUGAAAAGUAUGCUUGGUUGUAUGAUGGAAGAUCACACAAGCCUAGGGUAAGUCAUUUCAAGGACCUUCAUAAGGACGUUUUUCACGAGCAGCCUUAGCUCGCUAAUCAAUAACGAUACUUCUAUUCAUCGAUACUCUUAAAGAACGAUACUUUCGCAACGGUCAAAUUUCAGAGAUUGCACGGAAAUUAACCUCUAAUAUCGAUGGAGUUCCUUCAGUCUUUAGUUGGAGUGGAUUUCUGAAGUAAUGCUAUCGCCACGGAUAUCAAACUGUUUUCUCAUCGGUGAUUUUGUGACUAAUUUUCAGGACCGGAGUCGGUGAUCUUUCCAUGUGUUCGACAUUUUAGCGUGACAACGACUAGGGGCGCUUUCCAUUCGACCAAAAUUUUCGAGAUUUUCGGUCUGAAAUCGAAUGGAACGGGAAGAGUUCCGGUUUAAGUUUUCGAAAAUUUAGGAAUACGUUUUGAGUGUGCCCUCUUGGAUGGAAUUAUCGGAACGUGUGUAUUCCAUUCGCGAUAGAUGUCGGUUUUAGUCUUCCUGUCGAACCUGAGUUCAAGUGGAUGAAUGGGAACAACAACAACUCGCACGUUUCCCUAGUCAUCCGGAAGUGGUUCUCAUACUUCCCCGACAAAUAGACAGGAAUUGUAACUUCCAAGAACCCAUCAACGUGAUUGAAUGUUCUCCGUAUAAAGCAGGCAAUUGCAGCCAGAAGUAUUGCAUUUUCGUUGCUGUCGAGAAUGGUACAGCUCAUCAUCCCAGAGUAAAUGUUUGAAAAGCCCACCAUUUUGAAACACAACAAAGUCCACCCAACAUUCCCUGUGACCUCAAAAUAUGGGAUGCGUUCCAUUCGACCACAGGCACCCAAGCUUCAGCUGUGAGAUAAUCAUCUUGCGCGAUAUCAGUCACGGUGGAAUUAUAAGAGUUUGUAUGGGAAUAUUUAUGACCGCUCUAAGGAAUAAAAAAAUACGUCAAAUUCUCAAUAAAAAUACCUCACCUUACUUCCACAGCAUAUCACUUGUUAUCUGACCGCUUACGUUGAUAAAAAGAACCCAUUUUAGCGAGUUCUCCAUUUCGAGGUUUUCUUGGUACGUACGUAGAAAACGAAAAUUCCGAACAUUUUGAACCGGUGAUUUUCGUUGAAUGGAAAGCGCCCUUUCCUAACAGCUGACUCGAAUGAGUAGUUGGUCACAUGAGACAAUCAAUCUCUUGCCUCCCCUGUUAUUUGCAAGUACCGUGGUAAUAUUAAGGUCUUGACUAGCGUUUUUUGGCUUUUUUUAAUGUUUUUUCGUUUGUUCUUUUAUCUUGUUUGUUGCUUAUUUGAUUUUUGCAGUUUAAAGGCACACAGUGUCGUUGCUACUUUGUCCCAGUGAUUAGGUUAACCAUUUUAUAUUUUCAUAUUUCAGAAAGCAAGGUUGAGAGGAACAGAUUUUUUCUGAGAACAAAAAUAAUAGCAAAUUUCAAAUCAAAUUGAUAGUAUCGCUUUCAUGACGAGCUUGAAUCCUUUUAUGCAAAUGACUCUAGGCGAGCUUCUAUCUCCGCUUAAGCUCAUUUGCAUAGUAACCAGAUACUUCACACAGGUGACCUCCGAAUGAUAAACCAGCGAGGUGUGAAUUAGUUACACGGAUGCGUCUUUCUCCGGAGGCGUCAAUCAAUUGUGCAUUUAUUUAUACAACCUAUCAGGAAUGCGCAGAAUCGCCUAAAAGUAUUUUUAACCUUUGGCAUUUUAAAACUCGCGUUCAACUUAAAAACUUCUUUUCAGAGUACCCUUGUGUAAGCAUCAGGUGAAUGGAUUCACACCGAAAUACGGGUAUUUUAAGCACCCAAGCAUCUCGAUUGUUGACAGGUAAUGAACCUUUGGCGUUUCAAAACUCGCGUUCAACUUCAAAACUUCUUUUCAUAGUACUCUUGUAAAGACCAGGUGAAACAGAUUCACACCAAAAUGCGGGUGUUCUAAGCACCCAGGCAACUUAGUUGUUUACGGUAGCUGCUUGAAAUGCCGCACUGCGGCAUUUCAAGCAGCGAGAUUUAUCGUGCGUCAUCGUAUAGCUCUAGACAGAAAUCAUCAGGCACACAACCUUACCUUAACGCCAAAUUGGUCAGGCCAGCGAGUAGAAUUUCUUUCUCGCGAAGUAACAAAGUAACACACAGUUAAGACCUUACCUUAAGGAAAGAACGAUAACACUGUUUUUGCGGAUACCGCCGUACCUUCGUACAGAAAUUUGGCGGGAUUAAGUUCCCGCGCUUACUUGACGUUUGGGACUUGCUAACUGAAAUAUUAUUUCAUACUUAAAGAGCUCUUUAGCAUAGACGCCAAAAAUGUAUUAUCAAAAUAUCAACCCAAUCGUUUCAAGUGUUAAAUGAUGCUCCUGUAUCUCAAGAACAUAAUGCAGUCGAAAUCUCUCUCGAUAACAAGGUCCUCCCCGAGCAGCACACUUGAGGGAAAAGACCAUAUCUACGCGUGCCGAUGAAUUAUUCUCUGACAUGGUUUGAUGCUACUCUAGUUUACAGAUUUAGUGAAUGUAACCGAAGAAGUUGAAAUUCAGAGACUCAACCUUUCGACACUUUGGGGCAUAUUUUCGCCAAACUUAAGGAUCCCGUCGAAUCGACGCCAUUUAUUCUAUUCCUUGCGAUGACUGUGACAACACGAAUACAUCGGACGAAUACAUUUACACCUCGUCAGAAAAAAAGGCAGCUAAUUAGUGAUCAUAUAAAAGGACCUCUUGUUGCAGCGUUUAGAUCACCCCUAAUGAAUGCACAAGACAGGAGUGUCGAAACGUUGGGUCUAUGAAUUGUAACUUCUUCGGUUACAUUCAUUAAAUCUGUAAACCAGAGUAGCAUCAAACCAUGUCUGAUUGUCCACCCGGUUGCCGCGUGAACGUUAAUAUAAUGUAUUAUUCUCUAUUUAAUCAAAUGAGUUGAUAAUGUGAAUUGGCGUCCGUAACGAGAUUUUAUGGCUGACGUUUCCAGCGUUGGCCCUUCGUUAGAGCGAAUCCUUUCAUAACAACUUUACUACCUACCGUGAAAAUCAUGAAACAACGACUGUUAUCGAAUCGGGUGUAAGGUUUCAGAAAUAGUAAAUGUCACUUGUGUAAUAUCACCGGAUAUUUCCCGGUGUAACUGAGACCUCGUAGGUCUCGAGAUGUAUUUAGAAAAAUUUAUUUGUGAGCAAGCGAAAAUGUUUCAUGGCUUAUAGUUGGGGAUUUGCUAACAUCAUGCACUGUUGUUGUAUAUGUCUCAGUUCUUUCAAGGAAAUAGCCUGUCGGAGUUGAAACCUCCACUUGUAGCAGACGGAAUAAGAAUUAUACCUGAAAUAUUUCCUCGCAGACAGGUGUGCCUCAGGUUUGAGCUUCUUGGCUGUCAAAUUGAAGGCGGUAAGCUUUUUACUUCCAUUGAAUAAUGGGUGAUGAGGGCACCGGACAGGAGUGUCGAAACGUUGGGUCUAUGAAUUGUAACUUCUCAGUUACAUCCAUUAAAUCUUUAAACCAGACUAGCAUCAAACCGUGUCUGAUUGUCCACCUGGUUGUUAUAUGAACCUUAAUAUGUCCAUAUAUGUUAUUCACUAGGAACAAAUUAUCACGAAUUUAUCACGAAAUAUCAUUCCCGAAUAGUUACUGUCAUUGUUAAAUGAGAGCCUAACAUGACAUUUCUAUUUAUUACUUAAUUAGCGAUUGUCACGUACAAGAUGCUCCAAGGUAACUCUCUGGACGGGAGAUACAACUUCACCGAUUCAAGCUAUGAUGGUUUGACUGAAGGCCGCUUUCUAUUCUUUGGAUUGGGAAUGCUUACUGAUGGACGAUUGGCCAAUGAAGAUCUUACAGUAAAUAACGGAUUGGGUUGGAUUGGCUGGAACAUGAUAGAGACCCCCAAACCUUACAUAAUAUUUGAUUUUUUUGAACAAAAGAAUCUUCAUUUCAGCUACUUUCCAUUGUAA